CUCUUUAACAACACAGAGACUCUUUACAUCCCGUCCUCAUACAUUUCCCUGCAUGGGAGACUUCACGGGUUCAAAAAUGAGCAGUUUGAGGGCGUGUAAGGAACCAUUUGACAGAAUCAGCUCUGAACCUGUGGAGGAUACAGACACAACCAGCUUUGUGGCAGAAUUCUCCUUGGAGGCCAAUUAUCCAGUGCAAGUGACAGAUCCUCAUGACGCUGUGACACUCCACUUGAGCUCCAUGCCCUCUGGAUACCUGAGCCCCUCGUCAGACAGGAUAAGGCAGCCUGUUGAAGAUGUUGAAGAAUGCACCUGCCCAACAUCUACUUCACCAGACUUCCCCAAAGAACUGCAGUUACUGGACAGUCCCUGUGAAAAGUGCUGCCUGGCACCUCCUCCCAAGAUCAGCGACCUCAUGAACGACAAAGAUCUCCUGGACUUACUGCGGCUCAAACUUGAUCCAAACCACUGCACCAUCAAAAACUGGAAGAACUUUGCGAGUCGUUGGGGGAUGAGCUACGAUGAACUGACCCUGCUGGAGCACCGGACCCAGGGCUCAUUGUCCCACAGCCCUACCCAGGAGUUCCUGCUGCGCUACAACCAGAAGACGGUCACCGAGCUCACCGAACUUUGCCGCAUCUACCAGCGCAUUGAUGUGCUGCGACUGCUGCAGAGCUGGAUAGAGAAGGACUGGCCGUCACGCUGGCAACAGACUCAUUAA